AUGGAACGUUUGAGUUUCUUUGUUGGAAUUACAGCGAACAUUAUUUCAGUGUUGAUGUUUCUUUCACCCAUAAAGACAUUUUGGAGAAUUAUAAAGCACCGUUCGACGGAAGACUUUGAGAACCUUCCUUACAUUUGUUCAUUGUUGAGUUCAUCCUUGUGGACUUACUAUGGGAUCAUAACGCCUGGAGAAUUUCUUGUUGCCCCCAUGAGUGCUUUCGGAGCAGUCCUUGAAACCAUCUACGUCGCUUUGUUUCUUCUGUAUGCCCCAACAAAGAUGAGGGUGAAAACUAUCGUGCUUGUUGGCAUAUUGGACGUGGGAUUUUUAGCAGCAACCUUUUUAGUAGCGCAAUUAGUUUUGCAAGGAGAGAUGCGAAUUAAUACAAUAGGGUUUCUCAGUGCCGCAUUAAAUGUUAUCAUGUAUGUAUCGCCUCUAGCCGCCAUGAAAACGGUGGUAAGGACCAAGAGCGUGGAAUUCAUGCCCUUCUUGCUGUCGUUUUUCUUUGUACUCAACGCAGGAAUUUGGACUUUAUACGCGUUUCUUGUAGGUGAUUAUUACUUCCUGGGGGUAACAAAUGGAGCUGGGUUCGUCCUAGGAAUAGCACAGCUUGUGUUGUAUGGAAUUUACAGAAGACCAAAGCCAUUGAUAAAUGUAUCAGCAAAUCAUCAUCAUAGAAUAUUAGAAGAAGGAUGGCAACGACAAAGCCUCAUAACACCAAAUUAA